GUCGUUUUGAUGCUCUCGAACACGGCCUGUGACUAGCUAUUCUCCAAACCAAGUUACGCUAGUUUAACAACUUAUCUGUAGCAGGGAACAGCGCAGCGGCAGAAAGAAAAAUGUUACGCUCGUUCGUUACCUGACUGGCGAGGUUGAGUUUACAGAGACAACAGCCACAGGAGAGAGAGAGAGAGAGAGAGAGAGGAGGAACAUGGAAUGAAGAAAAUUACAUUAAACACAAUGAGGUUGGAAUUACCGUGUCUUAAACCAACCGGAGAAGGUGUAGAGCUGUUGUGUUAGCCCGUCUGUCCAACCAACCGCUCCACCAGGUGUAUCAGACCGCUGGGAAUGACUGCACCUUCACAACCUCACCAGGAGUGGGCCCUGGAGUACGACGCCCACAUCAAUCACACAGCCAGGAGCUAGGAGCACAUUUCUUACUUUAGCUAGGAGCACCUUCCUUCCUUUAGCUAGGAGCACCUUCCUUCCUUUAGCUAGGAGCACCUUCCUUCCUUUAGCUAGGAGCACCUUCCUUCCUUUAGCUAGGAGCACCCUCCUUCCUUUAGCUUGGAUAGCCUCUCAUAGUUAGCUAGUGUGAGUCCAGUCCUAGGUUUAGAUGCAGCUUUGAUGCUGGUGGUGAUUUAGAGAGAGCGAGACCCACAGAAGAGGAUGGCUCAUCAGUUCACCUGAUCUCUACCCUCACUGUUGCUAACUUGAUUAGUAGUUAUCAGCCGUAGGCCUCAUAAAGAGUAUAUUCACACUCACACAUUCAGUACUAGUCCUACACUGUGUGGUGACUUGGCUCCCUCCACCUCUCCAUUCCCCUCCACGCCCCCCUGCCGGUCUGGUGGAUGUUUUGGCGGCUCUGAGGACUGCAUGGCAGUGGCGUAAUCGUGGAGAGGCCAGGGUACCACAAACUUAUGGACUUUGACAAGAGAGGAGGAGGAAAGGGGGAGGCAGAGGAAGGGAAGAGGAUGUCAAAGACUGGAGGGAGCCGGUCGGGGCAUGGCAGUCGCAGCUCGGGGAGCAACUCCGGGGUGCUCAUGGUGGGCCCUAACUUUCGGGUCGGGAAGAAGAUCGGCUGUGGGAACUUUGGAGAGCUUCGCCUGGGGAAGAACCUGUACACUAAUGAAUAUGUGGCUAUCAAACUGGAGGCCAUCAAGUCCCGGGCCCCACAGCUCCACCUGGAGUACAGGUUCUAUAAACAGCUGGGGAGUUCAGAGGGCGUCCCCCAGGUAUUCUACUUCGGGCCCUGUGGGAAGUAUAAUGCCAUGGUUCUGGAGCUGCUGGGACCUAGCCUGGAAGACCUGUUUGAUCUGUGUGACAGAACCUUCUCCCUCAAGACCGUCCUCAUGAUCGCUAUUCAGCUGAUCACGCGGAUGGAGUUUGUCCACACCAGGAGUCUGAUCUACCGGGACGUGAAGCCAGAGAACUUCCUGGUUGGCCGGCCCGGCAGCAAGCGGCAGCACACAAUCCACAUCAUAGACUUUGGCCUGGCCAAAGAGUACAUCGACCCUGAGACCAAGAAACACAUCCCUUACAGGGAGCACAAGAGCCUGACGGGCACCGCACGUUACAUGAGCAUCAAUACUCACCUGGGCAAAGAACAAAGCAGGAGAGAUGACCUGGAAGCUCUAGGUCACAUGUUCAUGUACUUCCUGCGAGGCAGUCUGCCCUGGCAAGGCCUGAAGGCAGACACUCUGAAGGAGCGCUAUCAGAAGAUAGGUGACACCAAGAGAGCCACGCCCAUCGAGGUGCUAUGUGAGAGUUUCCCAGAAGAGAUGGCCACCUACCUGCGUUAUGUGCGGCGCCUGGAUUUCUUUGAGAAGCCGGACUACGACUACUUACGCAAACUCUUCACCGACCUCUUCGAUAGGAACGGCUACGUCUUUGAUUACGAGUACGACUGGGUCGGCAAGCCACUGCCCACUCCUAUUGGUCCAGUCCCCAGUGAGCCCCUCCUACAGUCCAGCAGCAGAGACAAAGCAGCGCAGCAGACCAAAAACCAGUCGCCAGAACCCAAAGGAAGUGAUUCCCAGCCCACUCCAGUGACCAAUAGGGAGCUGCUGGGGUCCCAUCUAACAGCUGAUAGGCUGGGGGGCUCUGUCCAGGUGUUGAGUUCAACCAAUGGGGAGCUGAAUACAGACGACCCGACGGCGGGCCACUCCAAUGCACCUAUCACUGCCCCGGCCGAGGUGGAGGUGGCCGACGACACCAAGUGCUGCUGUUUCUUUACGAGGAGGAAGAGGAAAGGCCUUCAGAGACACUAGUGAGGAAGAGGAAAGGCCUUCAGAGACACUAGUGAAGAAGAGGAAAGGCCUUCAGAGACACUAGUGAAGAAGAGGAAAGGCCUUCAGAGACACUAGUGAAGAAGAGGAAAGGCCUUCAGAGACACUAGUGAAGAAGAGGAAAGGCCUUCAGAGACACUAGUGAAGAAGAGGAAAGGCCUUCAGAGACACUAGUGAAGAAGAGGAAAGGCCUUCAGAGACACUAGUGAAGAAGAGGAAAGGCCUUCAGAGACACUAGUGAAGAAGAGGAAAGGCCUUCAGAGACACUAGUGAAGAAGAGGAAAGGCCUUCAGAGACACGAGUGAAGAAGAGGAAAGGCCUUCAGAGACACGAGUGAAGAAGAGGAAAGGCCUUCAGAGACACUAGUGAAGAAGAGGAAAGGCCUUCAGAGACACUAGUGAAGAAGAGGAAAGGCCUCCAGUGAAGAAGAGGAAAGGCCUCCAGUGAAGAAGAGGAAAGGCCUCCAGUGAAGAAGAGGAAAGGCCUCCAGUGAAGAAGAGGAAAGGCCUCCAGUGAAGAGGAAAGGCCUCUAGUGAAGAAGAGGACAGGCCUUCAGAGACACUAGUGAAGAAGAGGAGGAGAAGAAGUUGUUGGAAACCACACUGACAGACUGACAGAGGGAAGGAAGCAGUACUGAAACUGAGCUGAGCCCAGUACUCUACACCCUCCUCUCUGUCUGUCUCACUCUGUAUGUGUUCAGUUAGAGCGCCCCCUGUCGACCCUCCUGCAGUACUACAACAGACUUGCCGCUACAGACGGACAGGACACAAUGGGACAGAACCAUGACUGUCUGUGCUUGGACCCGUUUUAUAUUCUAAACCUGAAGAAGAUUGUAAGGAAUAAAUGUGUAUAUUUAUAUGAGGAUGGAUGGAUGGAUGGAUGGAUGGAUGGAUGGAUGGAUGGAUGGAUGGAUGGAUGGAUGGAUGGAUGGAUGGAUGGAUGGAUGGAUGGAUGGAUGGAUGGAUGGAUGGAUGGAUGGAUGGAUGGAUGGAUGGAUGGAUGGAUGGAUGGAUGGAUGGACGGAUGGAUGGAUGGACGGAUGGAUGGAUGGAUGGAUGGACGGAUGGAUGGAUGGAUGGACGGAUGGACAAGGCCUGAAGAUGAGCUCAUGAUGGGUGGAUGAAUGGAUAAAGAGAGCCAGGAACGACCUGAGAAAUCAUAAAUAAGAGACUAUUAAAAGGACAGAGAUCAAA